AUGGAUAGCAGCAAUACCAGUAAUAAUACGAACAACGCAGUUCCUGCAGACUAUAUCCAGGGUACAAUAUUGACGUUGGCUGUUAUCUUAGGAGUACUUGGGAAUAUUCCUGUCAUCGUGUCCAUAGGUCAACAACGAAGACUUCUGAAAAAUAACCACUAUUAUCUCAUUCUCCACUUGGCAAUUUGCGACUUGUUCUUUCUAUUGUUCUUUACACCAAGUAUUUACUCCAUUUUUACUGCGAACCCUUCCAAAACAUUCUUGUGUAGGAUCUGGUUACCUACACACACUAUGUUUUUUACUGCCGGAGCAAACUUUCUAGUUUUAAUUUCCUUGUGUCGCUAUCGCGCAAUUGUACACCCGCUCAAACCUGCUGUAAGCGGCAAAGCUUUAAAAGCACUUUCAACUUUUGUCUACGUAUUGGCAAUAAUUUGUGUCGUCCCACAAAUGUUGGUGCUACGAUUUGAUGAAGCUUUUGGCUGUUAUGAAGAAUGGACUAUGGAAUCACUAAAUAUUACUUACACUAUAUUCCUUACAAGUGUUCAAUACUCUAUACCAGUGGUGUUCCUAUCUAUUAUGUAUUUUACGAUAUGCAGGAAACUGCUCACACACAAUAACAAGUUAAGGCUGAUGAAUGCUCAGAUCGGACAAGGAAACACGAGGAGACUCACAUUGUUCCAACGUCUGACAUUUCGAAAUGCAAAAACCUUUUAUGUGAGCUUCAUUAUAGUUAUCUGUUUCGUAGUUUCGGCAUGUCCUGCGCAG